CACGCAUAUUUCUGACUAAAACCAUUAACAAACCACUGAAAGAAAAAAAAAUGGUUGGUGACUAAACAGAAAAAAAAGAAGAGAAGAAAAGAAAAGUAAAAGAACACAAUCAAAGCAUCAAGAGAGAAAGAAUGCAAAUGGCAACUUUGUUAAGAGGUGGAGCACUUGGUGAUUCUAGCUUUCGUUUGUGUUCAUUACCAUCAACUUCUUCUUUGCAUGUCUCUCAGAAUGUUGCCAUACCCACCUCAUCAUCAUCAUCAUCAUCACCAAUACUACCUUUGAUUGCAAGUAAAUAUAAAACAUCCAGCAGAAACAGAAUCACCUGCUCUGCUGUUCAAGAGUCGUCUCCUAGCACAACAGCAGCUACUGCUGAAACAAAAGAGGAGGUAAAGGAAGCUCCAAAAGCUGCACCGGCAAAAAAACCUCCAGCUAAAGCACCUGUUAAGCCUCUACCUCAGAUGAUGGAGGAGGAUGUGAUCCCUUCCCUGAAAGAUAUAUUUGAAGCCCAAGAAGAUUUAUCAAACAUUGAGCUAGUCUUUAAGGAUAAUAGGUUAGAAGGUUCUCUUUUGAAGAAAGGCAACCCCUACUCAUUUUGGGCCUUCUUUCCCACAGGACUCAUUGGUCCAAAGGGGUUUUCUCUGUCAUCGUAUAACGGAGGAGCAAGCACUGUUGAGCCAUUUCUUGUUGAUGAAAAGAAGGUCACAGCAAAACACAUAAUCUUUUGGGUGGAAAAACGUUUGGCAGCACAGGGGAUUCUUCCUAUAUGGAAAGAUUAAUCUCUAAAAGAUGAAAUUAUAGUUUGGUUGCUAAUGAUGUGUAGCAUACAAUUCAAUAUUCUCUUGUUCCUUUCAUUAAUGACUGGUAUACAAAAUGAUAAUGUUCAUCAAUGCGUCACUGCACACAUGUUCAUGAUAAGAAUGACUUUAAUUUGAUUAGUUCUC